AAGAAUGGGGAGAUAAAUUGCAACAAACUAAAUACAAAACAGCUCAUCAGCUGAUAAGUAGUAGAGUAAUAGUAUAUUUAUUGUCGACAUAAUAAGAGAAAACAUUCAUUGCAAUCAAGAAUAUUGAAGUGAAAACAGUGCGUUUUGAGUGUCUGUGAUGUGAUAAGAAAAAGUUAACUUGGAAAAAGGAACAAAUAAAGUUAGUGGCCAAUGUUACAAACAUAACCUCAAAAAAGUAAACAAACUAAGGUCAAAGAACCAUGGCAGUCGAAGGCGUAAUGGUGACAUACAACUACUCAAACAACGGCGAAUAUGCGAACAUCCUCACAGUAUCAGCUUCAGGCAUCAGAUUCUCCGAGCGCUGGGUACUGACACACGGCUCCAUUCUCUCCCCGUUAAAAGAAGCAAAAAUAGUCAAAAAGGCUAAAGGAAAACCUAUCCUCAGUGAUGAGUUCUACGCGAACCUACCGGAGAUGUACGUGACGUGUGAGAAGAGACAAUCACAGCAUCCGAACAUUUAUGAGAGCGUUGAGAAGUUGAGCAGGGAAAGGAAUAUGAGUCAAGGAGACUUUGAGCAUAACAGCUACUUGAUUAGAGUGUUAACUGGAAGAAUAUGCCACGUCUGGAAGUGCCCCGUGCUGGACAGGUGUUCGAACGACAUCCUCUACAGCUGGACCAUCGGCCACAAGGAAGGUGACAUCGACAGCCAGAUGAAACUCGGGAACGCACUGUUCUCCGUCUUCGUGCUCAUUGACUUGGAGAGUGAUAAAAGAGGUGUAGAAAGCUUAAGGCCGCUGUCUUCUCUUCUAGACGUGGUGCGUCCACCUACGGGAAGAGGAUCCACUGUAGAAGUCCAUUCUACACCUUUUGGAUGUGAGGUAUUCUUAAACGCAGUAACUCAGGGUUCGGUCUGCGGUGUGGUGGGCAAUAAGCCUUCCCUCCUGUUGACUGACGCAGCCACUGCGCUAGGGUCUGAAGGUGGACCGGUCUUCACUGAGGGACCUACCAAGCAGCUGAUAGGUAUAGUGGUGUGCAGCGUGUCGUGGUGCCGCGGCGAGUGGGUGGGGCUGACGCUGGUGGCGCCGCUGACGGCCGUGCUGGCCGCCAAGCUGCGAGUGCAUGUCGCAGCACCAGAGGCCCCAUUGCAGCCGGCGCAUCCUUUGCAGCCUAUAUUAACGUCGCUGGACUCGUGCUGCGUGCUGGUGCGGUGCGGGGCGGCGUGGGGCGCCGGCGUGUACCUCGGCGCCGGCUACCUCGUCACCUGCUCGCAUGUCGUCACCUAUUACCAAUCAAACAAGCUGUCAGUAUACUGCAAGGGAGUGAGUGCGACUGCCAUAGUCCGGUACAAGACGCCAGACAAGAAGGCGUAUGAUCUAGCUCUGCUGUUCACUAACCCGGACUGGCUAAGUCACUUGAAGCCGGCUGUGCUGUCCAAUGUACCCGCUGAGAGAGGUGAAUCAGUGCUAGCAGCUGGGUUUCCUUAUUUCAACGAGUUUGACCUCACAAAUCUGGUGCCUACUAUAACGUCCGGCCACGUGAACUCAGUGUCGCCCUCUAUGAUACAGACGUCUUGUUGUGUGCAGUCUGGGUUCAGUGGAGGACCUAUCGUUAGGAUUAACAGGUCAAAGAAUAGAGCAGAAGUCAUAGGCAUAAUAGCCAUGAAUGUAACGAUAGAAGGCGGUGGUGGCCCGAGCUUCCCCUACGUCAACUUGGCGGUACCUGUGACGGUGUUCAGCGAUGCCUUCGAACAUUAUAUGCGCGAUAAAGAUGAUUCAAAACUAGCGUCGAUAGAAAACAACAAGGAUACGAUACAAUUACAAUGGAGGCUGAUGCCUUAUAGAUCAAAAAUUUAAUUUAUUUUUCAACUUACAACAUAGAGCGAAAUGUGACAUAAUUUGUUAGGCCGCGUGAUUCCAAUCUAUACAAGGACACAACGCUCAAGUGUUCAUGUAGAGAUUGUAAAUAUGCGGGGAUACCUACACCCCAAUACCUACGAAUGGAUGGACCAAUAUUAUUUAAGCUGCUGAUGAUGAUGAUGAUAGGAAAAGUUAUUAAAACUCAUACAGUUCCUAGAUAUGUGAUGAUGUGUUGUGAUGUCGGGGCAGGAACUUUAUUAGUACAAUUAUAUUUUUGACAGUUUUGUAUGCCUACGUUUAACGGGCACAUAAAUAUGCUUACUUAUUAUGUGGAAGUGAUGAAACUGGUCAUUAUAUGAUAUACAUAUUAUAUGCAUUACCUUUGAAUACAGGGAGGGUAUAAAUAAAUAACAAGUUGCAAAUAUUUUUAUUAAAAUAUCGAGACUGAUUGUUUUUUUGUAUCUAGGUGUAGGUUACCUACACAUUGAUAUUAAUGACAUAAAUAUACUUAUUUAUGCAAUGUUGUUAAAUGUCUUAAGUCUAAGUUAUUAAA